AUGGCCGAUCUAGAGGCCAACAAGGCUUCGGCCCUGGAGAACCAUCAUUUCCCUGAACACAAGACCAGUGAAAAUGGCACCGAGGUCUCUGGCUCGAAUGCUGCUGCCCAGAAGGACAAGCAUAAGUCGGUAUUCGACCAGCUUGGACUCCUGGACCGGUUCCUUGCUGUUUGGAUCUUUCUUGCUAUGGCGAUAGGCAUUAUACUGGGGAAUUUCGUGCCAAGUACAGGGCCCGCAUUGCAAAGGGGGAAAUUUGUCGGAGUGUCUGUGCCCAUUGCUGUCGGGCUACUGGUUAUGAUGUACCCUAUCUUGUGCAAAGUACGAUAUGAAACGCUGCACCGAACCCUUCGACAGAAAGCGUUGUGGGUCCAGAUUGGGUUCAGUCUCGUUGUCAAUUGGAUUGUGGCCCCUCUUUUCAUGUUGGGACUAGCAUGGGCAUUUUUGCCAGAUGAGAAGGGGUUAAGAGAGGGGUUGAUCUUGGUAGGAAUCGCACGGUGCAUUGCAAUGGUGCUCAUCUGGACAGGUCUUGCCGGUGGAGAUAACGAGUACUGCGCCAUUCUAGUGGCCAUCAAUUCCGUAUUGCAGAUGGUGCUGUUUGCACCGAUUGCCAUAUUCUUCAUCGGAGUCAUCAGCGACGACGAUAUCAAUUUGCAAUAUUCACUAGCCGCCAAGAGCGUCGGGGUCUUCCUCGGCAUACCGCUCGGCGCAGCGGUAGUGACACGAUUCGGGCUGCGCAAUCUGAUUGGAGGGAAAUGGUAUGACAAGAAAUUCCUCCUGUGGAUCAGCCCGUUGUCUCUCAUUGGGCUGCUCUUCACGAUCAUCGUCUUGUUCGCAUCGCAGGGUCGACAGGUCGUUCAUCAGAUUGUAUCUGUGAUCCGAGUGGCGGCGCCUUUGAUAGUGUACUUUGCGGUGAUCUUCCUGGCAACUCUGGUGAUAACCCGACGCUUUGGCUUCGGAUAUGAACUGUCAUGCACCCAGAGCUUCACAGCAGCAAGCAACAACUUCGAGCUGGCAAUCGCAGUGGCAAUUGCUACUUUCGGAGUCGAUAGCGAUCAAGCGUUGGCAGCGACUGUCGGCCCUCUCGUCGAGGUCCCCGUGCUGUUGGGAUUGGUGUAUGCCGUCAAGUGGUAUGCCAAGCGGAAUAGUUGGUAG